AUCGAAGAGACUUGCCGUUGGCUUACAGUUUCCGGUUCACGUAAAUGGGACCAUUUGAUUCAACUUCUUGAUCACGUCAAUCAGGGUGAAAACAUUUCGACUCGUCUGAAUGAAGCAGCAAUAACAAAAACAACAACAACAGGGAAUGUCUAUUCUCCUGUCAAAACUACUCGCUCCAAACGUAGUCGUGCAGACGUGGGAGGAGAUACUUCAACUUCAGAACUCGAUGCAACUGCUUCAACCGCAUCAUUAUCAACAGCAGCAGUUUCCCCAUCAAUUGUUACAGCUUGUGAAUCUCUCCUGCGUCAACUGAAGCUCAUUUUUGUCAAUAAACUCAAGAGCUUGCAGGAAUUAGCCUCAGAUGGUAGAUCUGCUUUAUUGAAACUCUUGGAGGCCUUCCAAACUUACUCUAACACAGAGGCGUCGAUUCCUUCUACAUCGUCAAAAGUUAAGGAAGCUAUGGAGAUCUUUGGAUGUAGGGGUAUUACCCGCUUUGCUGAAUCUCCGUCUAGUCUAAUUGCACGACUUGCGUCAACAGGAUUGGCUGAGUGUUUGGAGAAGUGUCUUUGUGAAUCUUGCGAUGAGCAUUGCAAUCAUCUGGCUGCCUCAAAAGAUCCAAAAAGUCUUGACGUAAAUACGCAGGUGGCUCAACUUAUCUUCUGGUGGUGCGAACAAGUGAUCCGAUGCUAUGGGAAGGGAACUGAACAGUUGGAGGUGACCGGGCAUUGGCUGACACAUACCCGAGGGGAGUAA